ACCCCAUCGUCUCUUCUCUCUCUCUCUCUCUUUGUUUUUAUUCUCUCUAUUUUUCUUUUUUUUGGCAUUCAAAGUCAAAUCACGAGACGAUGUACAGUGACAAUAAACUCACAAAGAAAGGGGAAAAAAAUAAAGGGAAAAAAAACUCUCUUUUGCAGCUUUAAAUUGCAGAUGGCAACCGCAUUCACUUCCAUACGCGGAGAAGCAUCAAUUUCACACCUCAAUUUUGUCCCUUCACUUUCAUUUUCAUUGCUUUCCUCCCAUUCAAUUCUUUAUUUGCCUCCCCUGCUUCUGACACUAACUCUUUUUCUGAUUUCUAUUGUUUUUUCUUUUAAUAUUCUGGGGCUGCUGGAUUUGCGUUUUCCUACAUGUGGAGAGGCACUAUAUUCUUUUCCCACCAAGCACAAGAAUCCGUUCGAUUUCUGGAUCGGUUACCGGGAUUUUAGGGAUGGGUCUGUUCAGUAUCAAACAUGGGUUUUUUUUAGUUUUUUUGUCUUUGGUUUAGUACUUUGUCCGUACCUCUUUGAAUCUCUGAUGGGUUCUUUUUGGGAAAGGUUUUCGUGUGUGAAUUGAGAGAAGAAGGAAGUGAGGAAGUGCACUGAAGGUGUUUGAUAAAAGUCGCGAGUGAAGAGAUGGGUUCUGAUUGGGGAAGGUGCCCAUGCCAAGGUGUAUGAGGGAAAAUACAAAAAUCAGAUUGUGGCUAUCAAAAUGGUGGGUAAAGGAGAUACUCCUGAGAGGAUGGCCAGAAGAGAAGCCCGGUUUGCAAGAGAGGUUGCAAUGUUGUCCAAAGUGCGACACAAGAACUUAGUGAAGUUUAUUGGCGCUUGCAAGGAACCUAUGAUGGUUAUUGUGACUGAAUUACUCACAGGUGGCACAUUGCGCAAAUUUCUCUUGAAUUUGAGGCCAAGGAGCUUGGAACUUGAUGUGGCAAUUGGGUUUGCGCUUGAUAUUGCUCGCGCAAUGGAGUGUUUACACUCCCAUGGAAUUAUACACCGUGACCUUAAACCAGAAAACUUGAUCUUGACUGCAGACCAUAAAACAAUUAAGCUUGCUGAUUUUGGUUUGGCAAGAGAAGAAUCAGUAACAGAGAUGAUGACUGCAGAAACAGGAACGUAUAGAUGGAUGGCUCCAGAGCUCUAUAGUACGGUCACUUUAAAGCAUGGAGAUAAGAAGCAUUAUAAUCACAAAGUUGAUGCCUACAGCUUUGCCAUUGUAUUGUGGGAGCUCAUCCUUAAUAGGUUACCUUUUGAAGGCAUGUCGAAUUUGCAGGCCGCGUAUGCAGCUGCUUUUAAGAACAUGAGGCCCAGUGCUGAAAACCUUCCAGAGGACUUAGCUUUAAUAGUGACAUCAUGUUGGAGAGAAGAUCCAAAUACAAGACCAAACUUCAGCCAGAUUAUACAGAUGCUAUUGCAGUCCCUUUCUAGAAUAUCACCACGAUCACCUGUGAUCCCACCUCGGAUAUGUGCUUCUGAAAACGUUGUGAUGCCACCCGAAUCUCCCUGUACAAAUUCCUUGAUGGCUGUUAGACAUGGCUCAGGGGAAGCCCCACAUGGCAUGAUCGAAGAAACACCAACAACCUCCUUCUUCUGCUUUAACAAAUGUUACUGAUCCAAUGCAAGAAAAUCCUAAAAGGCACAGUUUUAACUUUAGUUGUAGUUCUAUAAGAAUACCCAAUAAGCCAAACCAAGAAAUGUAACAGAAUUUGGGAUUGCUGUCAGCUCAGAAGCUUGAGAAUCUUAAGCUUUUUUCAACAGAUGUGUAGGAUCAUUGAGUGAUGGAUGGCUCCCACCUUUCCAAUAAUCAAGAAAAUCUUGGCAUGUAAUAUUUCUGAAUUCUGUUGGGAAUUAGAUAAUGAGAAAUUCACUGAUCAUAAUGAUUGUAAAUAAACCUUGAUGCCUGUCUAUUGAAACCCUACAUUUCCUA